AUGGCCAGGACCAAGCAGACCGCUCGUAAAUCCACCGGAGGGAAAGCUCCCCGCAAGCAGCUGGCUACUAAGGCCGCUAGGAAGAGCGCUCCCGCCACUGGUGGGGUGAAGAAGCCUCACCGCUACCGUCCAGGUACAGUGGCUCUCCGUGAGAUCCGCCGCUACCAGAAGUCCACCGAGCUGCUGAUCCGGAAGCUCCCCUUCCAGCGCCUGGUGAGAGAGAUCGCCCAGGACUUCAAGACUGAUCUUCGCUUCCAGAGCUCGGCGGUCAUGGCCCUGCAGGAGGCCAGCGAGGCUUACCUGGUGGGACUCUUUGAGGACACCAAUCUAUGCGCCAUCCACAAGAUGUCUGGACGCGGUAAAGGAGGAAAAGGUCUCGGUAAGGGCGGAGCCAAGCGGCACAGGAAGGUGCUCCGGGAUAACAUCCAGGGCAUCACCAAGCCUGCCAUCCGCCGUCUAGCUCGCAGGGGAGGUGUAAAGCGCAUCUCCGGCCUCAUCUAUGAAGAGACUCGCGGUGUCCUGAAAGUCUUCCUGGAGAACGUCAUCCGUGACGCCGUCACCUACACCGAGCACGCCAAGAGGAAGACCGUCACCGCUAUGGACGUGGUGUACGCCCUCAAGCGCCAGGGCCGCACUCUCUACGGCUUCGGAGGUUAAUUCUGCUUCUACUCGGCUCCAUCACAUCAACCCAAAGGCUCUUCUCAGAGCCGCCCACAUGUUCUAUGGA